UGCGCCUUUCCUUGCCAAGAUGGGCAAGAAGAGCAGAAAGGAGCGCAAGGGCAAGGGCGCCGAGAAGGCGGCUGCCAAGAUGGAGAAGAAGGUCUCCAAGCGGGCGAGGAAAGAGGAGGAAGAUCUCGAAGCUCUGAUUGCAGAAUUCCAGAGUCUGGAUGCGAAGAAGACUCAGGUGGUCGAGGCAACCUGCGCACCUCCCUCACCCAGGCUGAACGCGUCUCUCUCUGCACAUCCCGAGAAAGACGAGCUGAUUCUGUUUGGAGGUGAAUAUUUCAAUGGCCAAAAAACGUUCCUGUACAACGAGCUGUUUGUUUACAACAUCCGGAAGAACAGCUGGGCGAAAAUCGACAUCCCGAGCCCCCCUCCCCGGCGCUGUGCUCAUCAGGCCGUGGUGGUGGCUCAGGGCGGAGGGCAGCUCUGGGUCUUUGGUGGGGAGUUUGCUUCGCCAGACGGGGAGCAGUUCUACCACUACAAAGAUCUCUGGGUCUUGCACUUGGCGGGCCGGACCUGGGAGCAGAUCAAGGCUGCCGGCGGCCCUUCCGGGCGGAGCGGACAUCGGAUGGCGGUGUGCAAGCGGCACCUGGUCGUCUUUGGAGGGUUCCAUGAAAGCGCAAGAGAUUACAUCUACUACAAUGACGCCUAUGCCUUUAAUCUGGACUUGUUUGCCUGGACCAAGCUGAGCCCUUCCGGACUUGCCCCAGCCCCAAGGUCUGGUUGUCUUCUGACCGCCACUCCAGAUGGCAACAUCCUUGUCUACGGAGGCUACUCGAAGCAGAGGAUUAAGAAGGACGUGGACAAAGGCAUGCUUCACACAGACAUGUUCCUGUUGAAGGCCGAAAGCUCAGACAAAUGGACAUGGACCCGGAUGAGCCCUUCUGGGGUCAAGCCAACUCCCAGAUCUGGCUUCUCGGUCACAAUGGGCCCCAACAACCGGUCCCUGCUCUUUGGCGGGGUUCAUGACGAGGAAGAGGAAGAGUGUCUUGAAGGAGAUUUCUUCAACGACAUUUAUUUCUAUGACGUGGCAAAGAACCGGUGGUUUCCGGGGCUGUUAAAGGGCCCAAAGUCUGGGAAGAAGAAGCGAAGGCGAGGCGCUGCCCUGGAGGGUUCCCAAGCCGCUUGGCAGGAUGGGGCCGGCGGUGGAGGCGAGGAGGCCGAGGGGCAGCCCCCUCCGGGCCCCGUGGAGGUCGUCAAGGAGGUGGUGGCCGAGGACGGGACCGUCAUGACGAUCAAGCAGGUGGUCUCCGCUCCCAAGACGGAGCCCGAGAGGUCGGAGUCGGAGGGUGAAGAGGACGGGGCCGGAGAUGAGGCCUCCGGCCAGCAGCUGGAGCCAUGCCCACGCUCCAAUGCCAUGCUGGCAGUCAAGCACGGCGUGCUGUACGUCUACGGGGGCAUGUUUGAGGUGGGAGACCGCCAGUUCACGCUCAACGACCUCUACGCCCUCGACCUCCACAAGUUGGAAGAAUGGCGAGUGCUGGUGGAAAUGGACCCAAAAACUCAGGAAUGGCUUGAAGAAUCAGAAUCCGAUGAAGAGGGAGAUGAGGAUGUGGAAGGCGCCGAGGGAGGAGAGGAAGAGGACGAAGACGACUCUAGCGAUGAGGAGAGCGAGGAUGAAGAUGAAGGAGAUGGAGAGCACCCCCCUGUACGGCCCAACGAAGAGUACGCGGAUUACCUCUCCAGGACAGAGCAGUACUGGGUGAAACUGGCCUGCCAGAACAUGCGUCCGGGGGCCAAAGAGAAGAAGACCGUGAAAGUGGGGCACGCCAUGGCGAAGGCCUUCUAUGAAGGGUCUGCCUAGAGGGCCCUCCCCUGCUGCUGCUGCUGGGCAUCGGAGUAGGGGCCUGGCUUAGCAGCACAGGGAACUGCUGCAGCCGAUGCAGCACUCCAGACUGGGCACCUGUGCAUCGCGCUCCUCUUCAUGCGCUGCAGGAAACCGUUCCCUGGGAGAAGCAAAUGGUUCCUUGGGUUGGAACGCAGGUUUGCCUCUACUCAGGAACUCGGGGGCUUCAACACACGCGCGCCAUCAACUUGCACGGUGCAGCUUUUCUUGAACCCCGUGGCUGAGUGUCUCCCGUGUGACGGGGCAGCGCCUCUCUUCGGUGUGCUCCUAGCCGUGGGAGCAGCGCCAGGCAUCUCCCGUCUGAGGGAUGAAGUUCAGGAGGAGCUGCACCAUGUCGCUUGCGGUGCCUUUCAGAGCUGGCCUGGUGGCAGGAGGACUCCAUCACGCCCUGGGCGAGCCCACCUCCAGUUCGGCUUCCUGGGCCUCUUGUUCACUCACUUCCCACCGGAUGAAACGUCUCCCGGCAGCAUGGAUGCCCCCUUGUUGCGGGAAGAUGCAGGGGGCGCCAGAAGGGGGCACACGGUUGUGUCUGCAGGCGGAGGGAGCUUGAGGGAGGAAUGCAGGGCUUGUCAUGGUGGCUGCUCAGGUUGGGAGCCACUUGGAGUUAGCAGCAGCCCCGUCUGAGGCCGUUCUUUCCUGCCCUCAUCACUGGACCGGGCAGCGGGGCUUGUCAUUGCAAAACCGUUUGGUAAAUAAAAGUUCUUUGUUCUUUAGGA